GAUAAUUGGUUUCAUCGAAGCGUAACUUUCCGGAGAUUGACCAAAAAAUUAACAUCCUCAAUUUCAUUUUGUGAUUGAACAAAUAAUUUAUUCGAUCCUUCUGGGAUCGGCCUGUGAGUAAAUAUGACGAAAUAUUGCCUGCUUUUGGUGUCGAUUUUUCUACUUUUCGGAUUAGUAUUGACAAAUUCAAAAAAGGACAGUAAAGAUGAAACGUCAGCAAAGCCACAUCAUACCAAAACCCACUCGAACAGUGCCAACAAAUCAGCGGAUGACGUAGAAGAGAUCGCAGAUGAGAGUUGGAAUUACGAAAAUACGACCACUGUAGAUACUAGGAGAAUUCUAUUCAGUAAGAGAACUGAGAAGGGAAAGAGACCUUAUAUGGUAUAUCUCCAACUGACAAAAGAAUCAGCGAAGGCUCACAAGUACAGAGGUUGGUUGUGUGGCGGUGUGAUCGUGGAUCCGUACUACGUGCUCACUUCAGCUGCCUGCGUCGAAGAUGCCGACAGAUUCUACAUCGUCUCCGGCACCACUAAAUUCGUAGACAGCUUUGAUUACAAGAAUGACGAAUGCGUCUGCAAACAUCGGCGAAAAGUUGUAUGGAAAUGUAUUCCCAAGAACUACAAAUUCGACUUCCAAGACAGUAUCAAGUGGUCAUCAAACGAUAUCGCUAUAGUUAAAGUAGACAAAGCCUUCAAGUUCGGUGUCCAGGAGAAGGGAUGCGAAUUCAGCACUGAGCUCAUCAUGUAUAACAACAUUAGCAGAGAAAUGGAAAAGCCUGGAACCAAGGGUUGGAUUGCUGGAUGGGGUAGCGGUAACAACUUCAGAGAGGGUGUCUACCGUCGUCAAAAAGAUCAUGUGCCGAAGAACAGUAAGUGUCUCCAAGAAGCCAAGGUAUGCAUAAUGGACAACGAGCAAUGCGCGAAGAAAUGGGCACAGAGGUUCAGGGAAAUUAUUACCCAGUACAUGAUCUGCACUAAGGAUGUCAUGAAACGGCUGAGCGAAUUGUGCGAUAAACGAUAUGCCAAUUGUACGGAUGUGGAAACCCGCCGCCAAGACUUGGAGAUUCCGUCGAAAUCUCUCAACGUUGACUUAGGAAGACAUCUUAGAGACCCUGACGAUUACACGGCGAGGAGAUCCUCUAUGCAAGGAGGUUUUUGUGAGAAUGACCACGGUGGACCUCUGAUUGUAAGAUACCAAGGCAAAGAGCGAGUUAUUGGAGUCAUUUCAGCUUGCAAGAUUGACCCUAAAAGCCACAGCUGCCACGGACCCUUCUUAUACACAUCUAUCUAUAGGAAUCGCCAGUUCAUUUCUUGUGCUAUUCACAAAGAUGUCGAAGAGAAUUGUAGGAGAGUAUUCCGUUCUGGUAUAACUCAUGAAGAAUGGUCAGUUUCUUGGGAUAAUGCGGAUGACGAUGAUGUCUCGUCCAAUGACUCCCCAGUUAACAGAAACGCGAAAUCUCCCAGUGUCGCUGAUGAAAAGUCGUCAGACGAUAGUGAUUCCAACGACGAGAACGUUUUGAGACAACUUAAAGAAGAUACUAAAACCCCACCCAAUACAGAAAAACCGAAAACAGAGAACGUAUCUCCAAAAGAAGAGUCAAAUUCAGAAGCAGAGGCAGAAGAAGCGAAGGCAACUACAGAAAAGGCUGUGCAAAAAGAAGGAAAGAAACCAGAUAACAAAGAGAAAACUGAGAAGCACAAGAAGAAAUCGAAAUCCAAGAAGCACAAAGCAAAAGAAGAAGUGCCAGAAGUGAAAGUCGAAACGAGUAGUCUGAAGCCAGUGUCUGCAGACGAAAGAGGUAGUUCAGGUGAGAUUCAGGUCCGAUCACUUAAAAAGGACCCAGCUUCGUACGAGUCAAGCCCAGACGAAAAUGUUAACGAUCCAGACAACGAAUAAUGUUGGAUCAUACAUCAUAAUAAGGUUUAAUAAUAACUAUCGUGUUUAA